AUGAACGAUCUAAUUCCAAUAGUAAAUAAACUACAGGAUGUGUUCAAUACUAUCGGUAGUGACACCGUAGAUCUCCCUCAAAUAAUUGUUGUCGGCUCACAGUCUUCCGGCAAAUCUUCGGUUUUAGAAAACAUAGUUCAACGAGAUUUCUUGCCUCGCGGCAACGGUAUUGUCACUCGUCGCCCGCUCGUACUUCAACUCGUCAACACUCACGACUCCGAAGACGAGAAGGCCGAAGAGUAUGGCGAAUUCUUGCACGCUGCGAAUCAUAGGUUUGUGGAUUUUUCCGAAAUCAGGAAGGAAAUCGAGAAUGAGACGGCAAGGGUUGCGGGUCAGAACAAAGGAAUAUCUAGAUCUCCAAUUCACCUGAAAAUAUAUUCGCCAAAUGUCCUCAAUUUAACGUUGGUGGAUUUGCCCGGACUGACUAAGAUUCCUGUCGGCGAUCAGCCGACCGACAUUGAGAAACAAACUCGAAAUUUAAUUCUCGACUAUAUAACGAAACCAAAUAGUAUAGUCCUGGCCGUUAGUCCAGCCAAUGUCGAUUUGGUGAAUUCAGAGAGUUUGAAACUUGCGAAACAAGUUGAUCCGGAAGGAAAGAGGACUAUUGGGGUACUGACCAAAUUAGAUCUGAUGGAUGCUGGCACCAAUGCAUUGGAGAUUCUCACGGGUCGUGUUUUGCCUUUAAAAUUGGGAUUCAUUGGUGUUGUCAAUCGUAGUCAACAAGAUAUUAAUGGGAGCAAACCUAUGUCUGAGGCGUUGAAGGCCGAAAUCGAAUUUUUUAAAAAUCACGCAGCAUAUCGAAAUAUUUCAUCACGGUGUGGGACCCCUUUCUUGGCGAAAACUCUUAACAAUAUCCUCAUGAACCAUAUAAGGGAGAGAUUGCCUGAUAUGAAGGCUAGGAUCAACGCUCUUAUAAGUCAAACGCAACAAGAACUUUCAUCUUAUGGAGAUCCAACAGUUGAGGGAAAAUCCAGCAGGGGUGCAAUGAUAUUGAAACUUCUCACCAAGUUUUCGAAUGAUUUCAUCUCGUCGAUCGACGGUACAAUGGUAGACCUAUCGACCAAGGAAUUUAACCUUUCCGUGCAAGAUAUUCGAACGGCCAUUCGUAAUUCGACUGGCCCUCGGCCAUCUCUAUUCGUACCGGAAAUCGCCUUCGAUCUGUUGGUGAAACCUCAGAUUCGAUUACUCGAGUCCCCAAGUCUUAGGUGUGUUGAACUCGUGUAUGAAGAACUGAUGAAAAUAUGUCAUAAUUGUGGAGGUCAGGAACUCAGCCGUUAUCCCCGUUUGCACGCCAAGCUUUUAGAGGUCGUUUCGGAUUUACUUCGCGAACGCCUCACUCCCACCUCAUCAUACGUGGAAAGUUUAAUCAACAUCCAACGCGCUUACAUUAACACAAAUCAUCCUGAUUUUAUUGGUGGCGGAGGUGCUAUUUCUGAUCUCAUGAAAAAAAAUGAAAAGAAGAGGAGGGAAUAUGAAAAGCUCAGUAGAAGGACGAACGGGAACGCUGGGUCUAGUCCACUUCAUACGAACGGUUCGUCAAACGAGACCCAUGAUAAUUCUUCCUUACCUUCCGAUUCACUUAAAGAAUCUAGCGGUUCUAGGGAAGUAAGCAUUCCGAAUGGAGGAAGUAAUUCACGCGACUCCUAUUUUUUGACAUAUUUCUUUGGAGGCGGUAACAAGACCGACAGGACCGUCUUACCCGACCAACCGGCACCCACCAGAAAUAGCUCAUUCUCAAAACCAGCAAUAGACAUCGGCGAGUUAGAGAAGAGAUUGGACAAUGGUUCAAUCAUUGAUGACGCAAACCACUUGACCGAACGCGAAGAGCUUGAAACUCAAUUAAUACGGUCUUUGAUCACGUCAUACUUCAAUAUCGUGCGCAAAACGAUUCAAGACCUCGUACCGAAAGCUGUCAUGCAUCUUUUGGUUAACCAUUCUCGUGAGUCGGUUCACAAUCGUUUAGUCGAAGAGCUGUACAAGGAUGAACUUUUCACCGAAUUGCUACAGGAAGAUGAAAAUAUAAUGAGCGAAAGACAAAAAUGCAAAACAAUGCUCGAAGUUUACAGGAAGGCAUUCGAAAUAUUGAACGAGGCUAUGUGA